AUGUCACUUAGCCAAGUGAAGGACGCAAGCGAACGAGACAGAACAAUGCAGAAAGCCAUGGAAUAUGCACGCAUUGGGCGAUGGUACGAAAUGAAGAAGCUAGACCAUACGAUAGACAUGGAGGAGCUUCAGGUAUAUAGAAGUAUUCAAGAUGAACUUGCAGUUCACUGUGAUACCGUUUUGCUUCGAGGGAAGAGAAUAAUUUUGCCAAAAGCCUUGAGGGACCAAGCUAUAAAAAUUGCGCACGAAGGACACCAAGGUCUUGCAAAAACCAAGGCAUUUCUCAGAUCCAAAGUCUGGUUUCCAGGGAUAAAUGACAGAGUAGAUAACUUGGUCAAGGACUGCUUGGCUUGUCAAGCAAUAACCCAGUCAAAACAGAUAGAACUACUCAAAAUGUCAGAAUUGCCUCAGGAACCCUGGGAUGACCUCGGUGCUGAUUUCUGCUGCCCACUACCAUCAGGCGAUUAUCUCUUUGUCAUCAUUGAUGAAUACUCGAGAUACCUUGUUGUAGAAAUCAUCAAAUCGGUAUCAGCCCAAAGUGUUAUACCGGUAUGGCCUCAAGCAAAUGCUCAAGCUGAAGCAUUCAACAAGCCACUGAUGAAAAAUAUCAAAGCAGCUGGAAUAGAGCGAAGAAACUGGAAACAGUCCAUGUUCCAAUUCCUCAGACAAUACAGAACAACUCCACAUAGUUCUACAGGAAUAAGUCCCUUCAAGCUAAUGUUCAACAGAGAAGCAAAGACGAAGCUACCAUCGGUCCCAAGGAAACAAACCAAAAAUGACGAACUCUUGCGUCAAAAUGAUAAAAUUUCAAAAACACUAAUGAAAGCUGGUGCAGACGAAAGGAUGAAAACAAGACGGAGCGAUAUUCAGAUUGGAGACCACGUGCUACUAAGGAAUGAAGUCAGAGAAAACAAGACCACACCAUCGUAUGAUCCUGUACCACACGUCGUAACUAACAGAAAAGGAAAUAUGAUAACCACUAAACAGAACGAGAGAAAUGUGACACGCAACUCAUCAUUCUUCAAGAAAACAAAACAUCAACUCCAAGCUGCAGAUACAGCUGAUGAAGAAGAGGUACCAGAUGUCCCAACACAGAAAAACCACCUGAAAAUCCCUGAGGUUCGAGAUGGUGAAGCACACACUUCGCGCCCUACAAGACAGAGGAAGCAACCCACUUACUUACAAGAUUAUGUGAUACGUGUGAAUAAUCAGUGA